CCCGACGUGUAAGCAGCGCCAGUUUUCGUUCGCCGUUCGAGUGCUGUGUGUCGUCGCGUAGGGGGCGGCGCGUGCGAGUCAAAAACAUAAUAAAUAUCAGCCACGUUGGAUACAAAAUCGAAAGCGCUGCGAACGCUCACUUCGCGCACAUACCAAUUACCAAUUACCGUUGGGUGGGUGAGCAGUUUUGACAGUUGACGAAUGGAAUAAUUAAAUUCCAUAAAAGUUAUUGAAUAUUUUAAAGUUUCACGCUGCGGAUUCAUAGAAACGAUAUUAGCGCGGCGGCGAACUCUUAUCUGCGGCGAAAGCAAAAACGGUUAAUAUAACUGAAUGUUUAAGUUGAACUAAAACAAAAUUACAGUGAAUAAACACCAUUAAAAAAAGGUGCAAUUGAAAAAGUGAAUUAGUAAUCCGGAAGCUGGUCUAGUGUUUUGAUAAACUUUAGCGCACACACACAAUUGAAUUAAGCUUCAUAUUUAGCUGGCAAAUCAGCGCUGCUUACAAAGUGAAAAAAACAAUUAUUUCAAUAUGCUGCGCACAAUCGCCGAUAUACUGAUCGCCCGGAGCGACGAAAGACGGAGAAAUGAUCGGCAAAACUACAACAAAAACCCCGGCUAUAACUUUGUGAUAGCCGUGUAUGCUAUAGUUGCAAUCCUCGGCAGCGACCUGGUGGCUGGCGUUCGUGGUGAGGAGUGCGGCCAGGAGGAGUUUACGAAAUGUGCUGAGCCUCUGGAUAUGCUACAUUUAACCUCCGAAUUAUCCAUCGGAGCUGCCAAGAAGGACGAACUGCUUAAACUUUGCAAUGAACUGAAGAAGGGCGUUCGUUGCAUCCAGAGUUACACGCGGCGCUGCAUGCCGUUGCAGCAAAGGAACCAAUUCAAUAAACUGUACCACGGCACUAAUCAAUUCAUUCGUGACUUGUGUAACGAAGGCGAGUUUCAGGAUGAAUACCUAAAGCACGCGCAUUGUUCGGAAAUAGCCAAAAAGGAAUUUGAGGGUUGCGCCAAUCGCUAUAAGGAAACAAUGGUGUUUUUGAAGCCCAACAAGAAUCAGGAGAACCACGAGAACAUCACUUUGAAUGAAAAUAUAAAAACAAUUUGUUGUUCCAUCAAUGAGUUGGUGGAUUGCUCUGAAGAUGCCGCCCGCAAGAUAUGCGGCCACGACGCGGCGAAAUUCACACGGGAACUGGUUGACAAAUAUGCGCACAGCCUAACGAAGAUCUACUGUGAGGACUUCACACGGCAUCCGGAAAUGUGCCAUGAUGGACUCAGCGAUGACGGCGUGUCAGUAUAUCAGUCGCAUCUCGGUCGAGCGGUCGUGCUUAUCAUAUCAGGUGCCGUUGCGGCAUUCGGUGCACACAUGAGCAUUAGAUAGAUGAAAAGUGUGGUAACGUAAAAUUACAAAAAAUAUUUUGCUGCUUUGAUUUUUCCUAAGAUAUUACUAAUAAUCUCUUAAUUGUUUGAGAGCAACGAAUUUUCUUCAGUUUUUUGGGAAACGGACUUAUACAGUUAUAAAAACGAAUUUGAAAUUUAAAAGUGAAUUAAGAGAUUACGGCAUGUAGCUGUAUAAUUUAAGUUAAAAAGCAAAUCAAAUAGAAGACAUUGCAAUGUAUCAAGAAGAACAAGAAGAAAGACACACACACACAUCUUAGUAUUUAAAUGGGAUUAAUGAAAUGGAUAUAUAUAUAGAAAUAUUGUAGCUUUGUUUGAAACAACAUAUACAGUUAAUAGAGUGCUAAUGGAGAGUUGGAAGGGUGCAUGAAGAGUAGAAGAGGCGAGAAUGUGCGGAAUUAGAAAUUAUAGUUAAAAUUAAAAUUUAGGGCUCAGGAAGCCUGAUUUAAGAGAAAAUUACCAACACUCACACAAAAUUACACGUUUAGAGUACCAACAAGACCAAAAAUUUUACAGUACAUACCUACACAUACACAAAUUAAUUAUAAAGUAUGUUAGACUUAGUAGAAACAUAUUGAAUUUACUUAUUGUAUUUGUAUGCACUUGUUUAUUAAAACGAUAUAAAAGAAUUAAUUAAAAUGAAUUGUGAAAUGGAAAUUGCAAAAUUUGGCAUGAAGAUAUUACGCCGAGAUUAAGUGAUUUAACACGUGGCAACACUUACACAUACAUAUACUCGCAUAUGAGUAUUUGUUUUGCGUUUAGCUCUUCUUUGGAACAAAGAGAAUUUGUGAGUUGUUUCACUCAUUGGAGAGUAUAUUUUUAAGAGAAUAAAUGUAUUAAAUCAGUUUAGUUAUAAGCUAUUAAAUUUUAUUAAAUUUUUAUGCAAUGUAAUGGAUCAUAGAUAUAAAAGAAACAAAUCAACUCGAUGGUUUCCUUUUUUACUUUCACUAGUCUUUACAAAUAGCAGAUUACCCAUGUUCUUUGAAAGUUCGUGCGCGGGAAAAAUGGUCUGAUGAAACUGGUGGUGUCCGAUGAAAGAAACUGCUGGAGUACGAUGAAAGAAACAGUGUAUGAAGUCUAACUGAAGCAGAUAAUGAGAAUAAUUAUGCUUUCGACUAGUUUUUUUUUACAAAAAUAUUUUUGAAAAUUGUUCAUAAUUUUUUAUACCAAGUCAAGAAAGAUUCACAUUUAUGCUCGCUGCAGAUUAUAAAAGUAAAAAAAGAUGUUUAGUGUACCUUGUACUGGCCAAUGAUUAAAGUCGCGAAGUUCGUGGAGCACAUGAGAGUCCACAAAAUCCUUGAGGAACUGAUAUUACUAUUGACCAGCUGGGUAAUACAUGUGGUCCUCUUUUAUUUACACAUUCUUUUAAUAGAAUAUUUUUUUAUGAAUUAUUGUUGAUAUUCAAAAUCCAUAGUUUAAUACAAAAUUUUUGUUUUUUUAUUUUUUUUUAAAUUAAAAUAUUUCUCUUUAAGGUCAAUAGUAAUAUUGGGUAGUCGAAAAAGUCUUUUCGUAUUUUAUUAAUAGAUGUCGUUGCAGUCGCAUAUCUCCCAUGCUACCAAUCACAUUUUGUCAUUCCUUACAGUGUUGGAAAGGUGAGGUCUUAAGCUUCAUUUAACAAAAAAAAAAUUAAAUUCGGGAAAGUUGAAAAAAGUUGCAGCUGUUCAAAAAUGAGUGAAAAUAAUUAUGAAAUUCGAUAUAUUUUGAAAUUUUUGUAUAAAAAAGGGAAGAAUGCCACGCAAGCCACCAAUAAAAUUUGUGAAGUUUACGUAGACGAUGCUGUAUAUCAGUUCGUGUAGCACAACAAUGGUUUGCUCGCUUCCGUUCUGGAAAUUUCAAUGUGAAAGAUGCACCUCGCUUUGGUCGACCCACAGGUAUCGUUGAAAAAGACCAUGCAUUUAUGGAAAAUAUUGACCAGGACCGCACAUAAGCAGUCACGACAUCGCUGAGAAACUCAAACUUUCAUCAUCAAACGGUUUUGAACCAUUUAAAACAGGCUGGCUACAAAUAGAAGCUCGAUGUUUGGGUACCACAUGAAUUGUCUGUGAAAAAUUUAAUGGAUCGAAUUAACAUCUGCGAUUAUUUGCUGAAACGAAAUGAAAUCGAACCAUUUCUGAAGCGAAUGAUAACAGGAGACGAAAAUUGGAUCAAUUGCGACAAUAAUGUGCGAAGAAGUUUUACACUAAUGGAAUAAUAGCUCUAGCGGAAAAAUGGCAAAAGUGGUCCACCAAAAUAGUACAUAUUGGUUCAUCCAAGUUCUUUAUAAAUAUAAGAAAAAAAUGAGUUAAAGUUUGAUUAGAAAUACGAAAAGACUUUUUCGACCAACCUAUAUCUAUAUUCGAAAGUGAAACAUUCGAAAAGAUGGUGUGAAAGGUUAGACUCCCUAUUUUCGCUGGAAUCAGCAGCACGUGGUUGCUUUCAGCACUAUACGUACAUAACCCAAAAGAAAGAUUUAUCCCAAACGCCAAGCGACUUUAUUUAGAAGAAUAAAGUGCUUCCCCAUUUUUCGUGACAGAAGCUGUUCUCAGCAUGCUAGCUAUAAGGCAUCACCGAUUAACGGUGACAUGCUUUUAGACUUAGGUUUGCGCAUAGAUUUUCAGAGUACUUCGCGCAUAAAAACAGCUUGCAGGUUGAAGAAAUUGUCAAAGAAUCUCUUUUAAAAACGAUUUAGGCACCACAAUAAGCUUGUAAAAGACAGGGCAAGCAACAACCUGACUACCCUCGUUCAAAGUCAUAAUGACUUUCUGAGCUUACAUCCUAAAUUCCUACGCACAAACUGGAAUCACUUCCAUUUUAAAUACAUAAUUACCAAAUUUCUAUGAGAUGUACCUUUAGACCCCACCCACUUAAUCUGCAUUUACCAAACAAUGAAAUUUUUAGCACGAGUUUUUUAGGCUAGACCUGCGAAUACAUUUCGCUUAUGAAAAAUCAAAUAAAUAUUUGAGCAUAAUAAUUCAACUGCGAAUUUUUAAUUUAUGGCGUUUUCUGUAUGUAUAAGCAUAUACAUAUGUAUUUAUAAAAUAAAAAUAUUAAUUUAUAGCAAUAAAAAUAGAAAAGACAGCAACGCACAGCAAGCACUCAUUGUCAUUAGUAAUGAUAAUUUUAACUAAUUAUAAUACAAAGGAAACACAGAAACUUAUGUAUGUAGUUGUUGAAAAUUCACUUGUUGCAGUUAUGUAUGCUAUGCUCAUAAUUUAUACAGUUAUCUUAUGGUAAUUAGUUCGUUGUUAAGAUCCGUGCCAUUUGUUUUCUAACUAAUAACUAAUACUUAGUACACUUAACUUAUAGCCACAGCGUAUUAAGCGAAAUUUUAUUCAACACACGAAAGUUCAAUGCGAAUUUUACACAGCAAGUAGCAAUGCAAAACUGAGUAACAAGAAAUAGCAAAAACAAAAAUAAAAGCAAUGUCGUUGCCCGAUAUUGGAAUACAGUCAAUUACGAAUGUGUUACAUUUAUCGGUAACCAAAAUCA